UGUCCUCUUUCUUCUCAAACUCAUACUAUAUCCUUUUUAAAUAUCCCUUUCCUUCUUGACUUUUCCUCAACUCUCUCUCUUCCCUUUUUUUCUUCGAUAAAUAGAUUCCAAUUUGGUUCUUACCUCCCUCCAUUUGCCUUCUCUUUUGAUCUCCUUAUCUUCAAACUUAAUCUUGAGGUUGUGAUGCAGAUCACAAAGCCAUGGUUUUGAUUCUUUGAUAGAUCUAUUCCUUCGUUGUUCAUAUUCUUUUUGACUUUUUCUUUGUACACAUUGAUUCGGAGAAGCAAGAGUCAUGUCCUGUCUGAAAAACUUGAGCUUUUAUUCGGUCUUGUCCGUAUAGAUCAUACCUCAAAAAAAAUUCAAAGUUCAUCUCUUUAUUCAUCUUUUCGUUUUGGGUUUGUAGGGUUUGAUUGAUUUCUCUAUUUUGAAAUGUAAAUUUAGGGCCUUUGAGACUUUGAAAAUCUUGAUCUCCAUGGUUCAAAGUUAGGAGGAGCUUUUUGAGUUAAAAAGUUUUCUGCAAAAGAAACAAAAAAAAAAAGAUGGCGACUUUAACUGAACCAUCAUCAUCUUUAAGCUUCACGUCUUCUCAUUUCUCUAAUGUCUCUGUUGGGUCUAAUCAUUUCUCACCAAGCUCAGCUUCUAACCUCGAAGUUGUUAGUCUAAGCAAACUCAGCUCCAAUCUUGAGCAGCUUCUCAGUAACCCUGAUUGUGAUUACACAGAUGCAGAGAUCAUUGUAGACGGUGUUCCCGUUGGUGUUCACAGAUGCAUCUUAUCUGCUAGAAGCAAGUUCUUCCAGGAGCUGUUCAAGAAAGACAAGAAGAGUUCCAAGGUUGAGAAACCAAAGUACCAUUUGAAAGAGGUGUUGCCUUAUGGAGGAGCUGUUGGGCAUGAAGCUUUUGUUUAUUUCCUCAGUUAUAUCUACACCGGGAGGUUAAAGCCAUUUCCUUUAGAGGUUUCUACUUGUGUUGACUCUGUUUGUGCUCAUGAUUCUUGUCGACCUGCUAUUGAUUUCGUUGUUGAAUUGAUGUAUGCUUCUUCUAUUCUCCAAGUGCCUGAGCUUGUUUCAUCUUUUCAGCGGAGGCUUUGUAACUUUGUGGAGAAGUCUCUUGUUGAGAACGUUAUUCCGAUUCUUUUGGUUGCUUUCAACUGUAAGCUGACUCAGCUUCUUGAUCAAUGUAUUGAGAGAGUGGCGAGGUCAGAUCUCUACAGGUUCUGUAUUGAAAAGGAGGUUCCUGGAGAAGUAGCAGAGAAGAUUCAACAGAAACGUCUCAAGUCUCCACAAGAAGAAAACAGUCCCAAAGUUUCAGAUAAAACGCUGGAGAGAAUCGGUAAAAUUCUAAAGGCGUUGGAUUCAGAUGACGUUGAGCUUGUGAAGCUUCUUUUAACCGAGUCAGAUAUCACUCUAGAUGAAGCCAAUGGUCUUCAUUACUCCGUGGUGUAUAGUGAUCCCAAAGUUGUUGCCGAGAUUCUUGCUCUUGAUAUGGGUGAUGUCAACCACAGAAACUCACGUGGCUACACGGUUCUUCAUUUAGCUGCCAUGCGUAAAGAGCCUUCCAUCAUCAUAUCUCUGCUCAAGAAAGGUGCAAAUGCGUCUGGCUUCACGUGUGAUGGACGCAGUGCGGUUAAUAUAUGUAGAAGAUUGACAACUCCAAAGGAUUAUAAUACGAAAAAAGCGAAAGGGAGGGAAGCUAGUAAAGCACGGUUAUGUAUAGAUCUCUUGGAAAGAGAAGUUAGAAGGAACCCUAUGGUUGUUGAUUCACCAAUGUGUUCUCUUUCUAUGCCUGAAGAUCUCCAAAUGAGACUGUUAUACUUAGAAAAGAGAGUGGGGCUUGCUCAGUUGUUCUUUCCAACAGAAGCUAAAGUAGCAAUGGACAUUGCUAACGUAGAAGGCACAAGCGAGUUCACUGGUCUUCCACCACCUUCAAAUGGGUUAACCGGAAACUUGAGUCAGGUUGAUUUAAACGAAACUCCUCAUAUGCAUACCAAAAGACUUCUUACUCGUAUGGAGGCUCUAAUGAAUACAGUUGAGACUGGUCGAAGGUAUUUUCCAUAUGGCUCAGAGGUUCUAGAUAAGUACAUGGAGGAGUACAUAGACGAUGACCUUCUGGAUGAUCUACAGAUUGAGAAGGGAUCUCCACAGGAGAAAAGGUUGAAAAGAAUGAGAUAUAGAGAGCUUAAGGAUGAUGUCCAAAAGGCGUAUAGCAAAGACAAAGAGUCUAAGAUUGCACGGUCUUGUCUUUCUGCUUCACCCUCCCCUUCUUCUUCGUCCUCUUUAAGAGGAGAUGGUCUGAGGAACUCAACAUGAAACUGUAGUAUAAGUUGAAUGUUGUUUUAUAUGUGUUGAAAAGUUUUUCUUUUGGGGGUGUUGUUUAGAUACUUUAGGAUCAGUUUAAAUAAAAAGAUGGAUGGGUAGUUAGUUAUACAACAGUAAAAUUACUUACUAACCCAAAAACAUGCUAACUACAUGCAACCUUUUGUUUUCAAAUAUUUUGGUAUAUA